UGUCCAUGAGAAAGCUCGAGCAUUCAAAUACAUUAAUUCUCUCCUGUCCUCAAGGCUCAAACCUUCAGCUGGCUGUCUUUCGCUCGCUAGCGGCAUCUGGAAUCUUUUCGCGGUGAAAACCCAAUUCUGAACCUGUUGUUAGCUAGCUAUGCCUUUUUAAAAUGCUGUUGUUGUCGCUAUCAGGUCGAUGGCUAACUGGCUAGCAAAACAGCUAGCUAACGUUCAGCACUGGUUCAUCACCGACCGGCGAAAAGGAACCGAAGAAGGCUAUGGAUUAACAAUAUAACGGUACUUGAGUGUCCUGUCCAGACUAAACAGUACGAGCCAAAUAUAUCGAAAGAACCAGAUAAUUGUUGAAGAAGUUCUGUUAAUUAAUUGGUCGUUGGCACCACAGUCGUUCCCACCAUGGUGCAGAAGUAUCAGUCACCCAUCAGGGUGUACAAGCAGCCCUUUGAGCUGGUGAUGGAGGCCUACGAGAGGCGAUUCCCCACGUGUCACCUGAUUCCCAUGUUUGUGGACAGCGAGGUCUUGGAGGAAGCUAAGAGCGAGGACGGCUCCUUACACCAGGUCCAACGCCGCUGCAAACUGGACGUGGACGCCCCUCGCCUCCUCAAGCGGAUUGCGGGGGUGGACUAUGUGUAUUUCAGCCAGGAGAACACUCUGAACAAGAGAGAAAGGACGCUCCACAUCGAGUCCCACAACGAGACCUUCUCCAACAGAGUCAUCAUCCACGAACUCUGCAGCUACUCGGCCCACCCUGAGAAUGACGACUGGACGUGUUUCGAGCAGUCGGCCAGCCUGGACAUCAAGUCCUUCUUCGGCUUCGAGAGCACGGUGGAGAAGAUAGCCAUGAAGCAGUACGCCAGCAGUAUCAAGAAGGGUAAGGAGAUCAUAGAGUUCUACCUAAACCAGCUAGAGGAAGAGGGGAUAACCCACGUGCCCCGCUGGACUCCCUCCUCCUCCGUCACCACCAAACCCAUCUGUGCCACCCCAAAGGUCCUCCACCUGGAGCUCCCUGUCACUCCCGCUGUCUCAAUCCCUGUGUCUACUGAUGCCAAUCACCAUGAGAUUGCCAAUGCCAGCAAUAAUGAUGCCACCCAAAGUGAUGCCACCAGCAACGAUGCCAAUAGCCAGCCUGACAACCAGACAGAGAACCAGACGGGCACACCUGAUGACAAGUUGGAUGCAGACUACAUCAAGCGCUACUUGGGAGACCUGACGCCUCUGCAGGAGAGCUGUCUGAUCCGACUACGCCAAUGGCUGCAAGAGAGCCACAAGGGCAAGACCCUUGCCCUCACUCCCUCCUCUCCCUCCUCGCCACCUUUCCAGAUCCCUAAGGACGAGCACAUCCUUCGUUUCCUGCGGGCCAGGGACUUUAACAUGGAGAAGGCCAGGGAGAUCCUGUGUCAGUCCUUAACAUGGAGGAAACAGCACCAGGUGGACUAUCUGUUAGAGACGUGGACGUCACCACAGGUCCUCAGCGACUACUACACUGGAGGGUGGCACCACCAUGAUAAAGAGGGUCGUCCUCUCUAUAUCCUGCGUCUGGGACAGAUGGACACCAAGGGGCUGGUCCGAGCCCUGGGGGAGGAGUCUCUACUCAGACACGUUCUAUCCAUAAACGAGGAGGGCCUCAGGCGCUGUGAGGAGAACACCAAAGUCUUCGGCCGACCAAUCAGUUGUUGGACGUGUCUGGUGGACCUCGAAGGGUUAAACAUGCGCCACCUGUGGCGACCGGGGGUUAAGGCCCUUCUGAGGAUCAUUGAGGUGGUGGAGGCCAACUACCCAGAGACCCUGGGACGUCUGCUCAUACUGAGGGCUCCUAGAGUCUUCCCUGUGCUCUGGACCCUGGUGAGCCCAUUCAUCGAUGAGAACACCCGUAAGAAGUUCCUGAUCUACGCCGGUAAUGACUACCAGGGCCCUGGCGGCCUGCUGGACUACAUAGACAAGGAGGUCAUCCCAGACUUCCUGGGAGGAGAGUGUAUGUGUGAAGUCCCAGAGGGAGGCCUGGUGCCCAAGUCUCUGUACCGUACAGCAGAGGAGCUGGAGAACGAAGACAUCAGCCUGUGGACAGAGACUAUCUACCAGAGUGCCAGCGUCUUUAAGGGAGCACCCCACGAGGUGGGGAUCGAGAUCAUCGACGCCUCCUCUGUGAUCACCUGGGACUUUGACGUGUGUAAGGGCGACGUGGUCUUCCACAUCUACCACUCCAAGCGCGCCCCCCAACCCCCCCGCAAGGACCCCCUAGUGGGGCAACACAGCAGCAUCACCACCCCCGGGGGGAACAACGUCCAGCUCAUAGACAAGUCCUGGACCUUAGGCCGGGACUACAGCAUGGUGGAGUCACCACUCACCUGCAAGGAGGGGGAAAGCGUGCAGGGCUCCCACGUGACCAGAUGGCCCGGGUUCUACAUCCUCCAGUGGAGGUUCCACACCAUGCCGGGCAGCGCUUCCACCAACCUGCCCCGCGUGGACGACGUCCUCGCCUCCCUGCAGGUCUCCUCACACAAGUGCAAAGUAAUGUACUACACAGAGGUCAUUGGCUCCGAGGACUUCAGAGCGGCUUGCUUUGAUGUUCAAAGUUUGGGCUCUAUGACCAGUUUGGAGUCGAGUCACAGUGGUUUCUCCCAGCUCAGCCACGCCACCUCCUCCUCUAACCACUCCCAGUCCAGCUCCAUGAUCUCCAGGUAGAGGACUACAACUCCUGCCAAGGACUACAAUUCUCCCUCUGCUGGAUUAAAAGGCCCAGCUCCUCCAGCCUUCAGUCCACACUUUCCACCCUAACCACCUGAAACCUGUACUACUAUUAGUCAGUCACAAUGUGGAACUGAAGCAUGCUUGCACAACAGAGGAUAAAGAAGAUGUCGGCGGUUGAAAAACUGAAAACAAAGACUUGUGAUUUAAAGGGCUCCGUUUUUCUUGCAGAAGGCCAUGUAUAUUUCUUCCCAGCUUUCUGCUGGGCUGCUGAACAGAACGUUGGCAGAAUGUUUUUGGCUUGCUGAGACUUUGGUAGGUGUGGGAAGUGUCACACCCAUGGAGCGCAAUGCCGGAUCAAGCAAUUGUCACACUCAUUUAAGGAGUUGUGGGACCGGAUAAAAAAUGGAUGCGCCGUUACAUAUAUGCAUUAGAAGACUUUACACCCACGCACAUUUCCAAGGUGUUGGUGAUACUGUAUGUGCUGUUGCCUGCAGACAAACAUGCUCAAACAUAGGAACACACACAAACAUACUGUAUACAGACAAACCAUAAACACACCUGCAAUGACAUACAAAAAUACACAGUAUUUGCCAUAUCACCAGUGGGAUUUGUCUCUACCUGGUGAAUUGUUUAUAGGUCAUGAUUGGGGUAAAGCCGUAGUGAGGUAUCGUUUAGAAGCAAUAAGCAGAGUUUGAAUUUCUACUAUUGACAUAAUUACAUUUCUAUUUAUGAAAAUGUGUGUAUGGAGGUUUGUCCUCAUGUGUGCUAUGUGCAAUGUAUAGGUGACCUUCCAGUUACCGGGUGUGGCUAGACAGACAGACAGACAGACGGACACAUUUAAUUUAGCUAAACUUUCAUUUGGAGAAAUUGCCUAAAUAAAUUGCCAGAGGUUAUUUUUUACAUUUGAAUUCACAAAUGGAAUUUGAAUUGACACAUUUUGAAUGUGUUUGCAAAUUCAUGUGCACAUCUACUAGUCUCUUUUUGGCACAAGACACUUAACCAGUAAUGACUUUUAUAUUCUUGAAUUUCAAUUACUCUGACUUGAAUUUGAAUGGAUUCCACCCCAAACUGAGUGUUUCCUGUCUGUCCCUGUCUGCAGGAAUGAACUUGACACGUAGGUAGGUGUGGUUGUUAUUGAGAUGCCUUGUCAUUGAGUGGUCAUUGAUUGAAUGUGCUACUGAUGGUCAGUCAGGUGAGAUUUUGCUAGCCAAUGGAAUUCCCCGAACUGUCAGGGUCAGAGGUUGAAUAGGUUAAACUGCUAUUCUUUUUAGAGGUGUAGAUAUAGAGAGGGAGGAAGUGAAUGUUUUUUUGUGGUGAAGCUUAUCAUUUGCUACUGCGCCAUUUGUAGAAAUGUAUUGAUGCGUACAUGUACUUGGGCUAGUGCUGGUUGGAUUUUGUUACAGUUUUCUGUGAGAGUGAAGUGUGUUGCUGCAUGCUCAUAUGGUUGAUUGAUGAUUUUAGUUUAGGAGUUACCAUAGUAACAGAUACUACUCAUGAGCCAUUUGUUAGGACCAUUUUAGCCUUUGUAACUAACCAUGUAUAUAAGAAAUAUAUCUGCUUUAGGGGACACCCCCUUCGCCUCGCCUGAGCGACGUGGACAAAAUUGUCGACGUUUCCAUUGUGAUGCAACAUUACCCAUGCAAAUAAUGUUCUGUACAGUCACCUUGUGCUUCUAAAACACCAAAGACCAGCCAACAAAAAACUGUCCGUUCCAUCUUCUAGCGUCCAUGUUUGUUUUUAGGGGCUAUUUUGUGAGCUUCUAGUUCACAGAAGAGACAAUUAACUUCUCUACAGAUUAGACUGUAGGGCUGUUUCAAAGGGUUGGUAAACUGAGGCUCUCUCAAGACAAGUAAGCCCAUCCAGCUUGGUCAGAGUGCCACCGUGCUGCUGCGUGAUGUUAGAGGGCCAAAGACGUGUUUGUUGAUGGGCAUCGGAUCUCACUCCAAUGAUUAUCGGCCAAUCAGGACAGCAGCACCUGUCUGUUUUUAACUGCUGAUGAUAAUGAAGCCCAAGGUCAAAGUGACCAGUCUAUAAUGUACAGUCUGUGUCUAACUGGAAUAUCAUGAAAGGCUUUGCUCACUGAGGAAAGGACCCGCUCAGAAUUAAAGAAAGAAAGAAAGUGAAUAAAUGAAAUAAUGAAUAACUGUAAAUGUCUGUAAGGGUGUCGCCCAUGUCAGGUCUGAGGAUGUAUAGUUGAACUUAACUUCUCUUCUUCUGUACUCAUUUUAACCUUGAAGCAUGUCUAGGCAUAGACUAGCAUAGUUUCCUACUUUCCAGCUCUUUAUCAAAGGAAACUCAUAAUGUGUAACAUAAUAUCAACACAAUGUGUAACAUGCUCAACGGUUCACCAAGCUUUGGAGAACGGUUCCAGUCCUGGAUAUGUCUCUUUGUCCCUUCACACUCUGUUCAAUGUUAGUUUUUCUUUAGCAGUGUUAAAACAGUGCUUUAGAAGUGUCUCACUGUGUUGUUUGAAACCAGUGACCGAUAUCUUCAGUUCCCUUUCAGUUUCAUCAACUGACCUCAACAACAUAGUGUCACUGCAAAGACUGAAAUGUACCUGCUAUGUCACCUGCUUUACUCAACUUCUGUCAACCUUCACUUCUACUUAUCUCAUUUACAUAUGAGGGCUAUUUCUGUCUAGUUUGUCUGUCACCAACCAUCUCCUGUUGUUUCCCAUUCUCUCGUCUAGCCUCCCUUCCUAUAAGACAACGAUAAUGUUGCAUAUCUUUAUUUCCCUUGAAAUGAAUAAUUAUGUUUAAAAAAUAACUUUAAAUUAAUAUAAAAUAGCGCCUUUACAUUUUUUGAAACGAUUAAACUUGAAUUAUGAAAAUGAAAA